AUAAUCAGAGCGUGAUAAAUGUUAUAAUUACCAACCUCUAUUAACACAACAAACAGAUGGCAUGAUAAAAUGAAGGUUUUUUGAGUUUACGUAUCUUGGUUAUUGCAACGCCCGGCACCAACUGUCACCUUCAAGGACAAAAUGCAGUCCUGGAUAAAACACAUUCUCGAGCAAGUAAGCACGGCGGUCCAACCGAACAGCUACUCCACAAAUGACGUAGUCUGCUUCGUGUUCAUGAUGUUCUUCACCUUUUACGUGUUCUGGGAUCACAACAACGAGCUCGAGGUGGACGAUGACACAGCGGAGGAUAAUGACCCCGAGGUGAAUGACGAGCUCGAGGUGAACGAUCAGCUCAAGAGAGACAUAGUAAAAUAUCUCAUCAAAUCGCUGAAGGCCGGAAUUAAAGAGCGACGUGCAAUGAACGAAAUCUUGGAAAAUACGGUGUCUAGUCAGAAGAAGGUAAUACAGAGACAAGAGGACGUCAUAAGGAAACUCGUAGAAAUAAUGCAAAACACUGGCCGGAGCGGCGGGAAUGACGAACUUCUUCCCAAAUCUGAAAUGGACAUCUCCUUACUUCGAGGAAGUUAUGAAGGGUCAAAUGGAUAUUAUGUGAGAGAUCCAGACACAAAUGAACUUGCUGAAGAAAAUGAGUUCCAGGAGAAUAUGGCGAGUAAUCAGCAGGAUGUAAUACAGGAACAGGAAGACAUCAUAAGUUCUCUCUUACAAAGGCUGGAAAGCUCUGGCUUUAGCAACGUGAAUGACGAAUCUGCUGACCGAUCUUGAUAACUCCUUACAUGGAGGAAGUGAUGUAUUUCGGAAUCAUUUGGUUGAUGAUGGUCCUGUUAAAUACACAUGAAUGUUUGUGUUUUCAAACAGAUUAUUUUCCUUUAUUCUCCUUGUGUGUGAAGGCACCAGGUUGUCCGAAAUACAUACUUUUCAGAAUGCAAUGAUCAAAUAUGAUGCUCAUAUCAAUUUAAUGUCUUGUUGAUUAUUUAUUUAUUAAAUAAAUUUGUGUUAUUUUGUUUGUA